AUGACAAGAAUAAAGGUGGCGAUCUGCUCCAGAGACAGUGAAGAGAAUUAUAAUUGGCUAAAAGAUUUCCUGGAGAAGAGAAUGUGUAGGAAAACGAAGAUCGAGGUCCAUCCUGUCUACAUAACCAACAACACUUCUCAGUUCUAUAAAGAGGUCUCCGGUUAUCACUUCGCCAUCCUGUAUCACACCAAGAAGCGCGGGAGGAUAAAUAUCACCAACGUCACCGACUCGCUCUAUGACCAGGAGCUGCAACAUCUUUCUGGCAAGUUUGGACGGAAUCAUGUUGCUGUGGUGGUUGACGAUCUGGAGAGCAGUGAUCACAGAGAGAAGGAGAUAAUUAUAAAUGGACAGCCAGAUCUGAAGAAACAUGCUGGGGAAGUAUUCCUCUUCACCGAGCGAGAUAAAGAUUCCACCGAAGAACGUCUGAUAGAAAUGAGAGACAAAACGAUGAAAAGCAAACUGAAAGCAUUACGGAAGUACAUUAAGAAAAGCAAGGGAAGAACAUUUAUUUUUAAAAGGAUAAAAGACAAGAGAGAUCAAAACUCUGCCUUCCAUGUGUGUUCCCGGAGGAUGACGGCCCAGGAAAACGAGGGCCCGGGAUUUACAGAUUUGGACUUGUGGUAA